AAGCGAAAGGGCUUUUUGAUCCCUCUGCAGCUACAGGCAAUCCGACGAAUUCAUCUUAAAACCCUAAUCUUUUUGGGAUUCUCGUCCUUCGUUCGGGGUAAACCGUAGGAAGAUAGUGUUUUUUCGUUGGGAAAUUCUCCGAGGUUGUCCGGUGAGGGGGGGUCGGUUAGAAAUGUUGCGGCAUGUUGGUGGAGGAGGAGAUUCCCUUCCGGGUUUCGAUCUCCCCGACGAGAUUCUGUCCGUGAUCCCGACGGACCCUUUUGAGCAACUGGAUCUCGCCAGGAAGAUUACGUCCAUGGCGAUAGCUUCGAGGGUGUCGAACCUGGAAGCCGAGGUGGUCGGGUUGAGACAGAAGCUCCAGGAUAAGGAAAGGGUCAUGCAUGAGCUCGAGGAGAAGAUGUCACGCGUGGAGAGAGAUUGCCGGGAGGCUGACUCGAGGUUAAGGAUCGUUCUCGACGACAAUAUGAAGCUGACAAAGGAACGCGAUUCUCUUGCAAUGACGGUGAAGAAACUCAGCCGUGAUUUUGCUAAGUUGGAGACAUUCAAAAGGCAGUUGAUCCAGUCUCUGAGUGAUGAGAAUGCAUCUCAAAUCGAACCUGUUGAUAUCGGGACAUGUGACCAGUCAGUUCCUGGAUCUUAUCCAGACAAGGAUGAAAAGACAAAUGGUCAUUCAGUACACCAUUCUUAUAGUGGCUCUGUAGCCUCGUCAAAUCCAAUAGACGAAGCUUCAAGAUACGCCGGACAAAAGUUUUCCAUGACUCCUUUCAUUUCUCCUCGGCUUACCCCAACUGGAACACCGAAGAUCAUCUCCACAAGUGUAUCCCCUCGAGGUUAUUCAGCUGCAGGAUCUCCCAAGAAAACAUCAGGUGCAGUUUCUCCCACUGGAUCUUGUUAUGAAGGCAAAGCAACACCCCUCUGGUACCCCUCAAGUCAGCAAUCUUCCGCAGCAAAUUCUCCUCCCCGAGGACGUCUGCUUCCGGCCCGAACCCCUCGGAUGGAUGGGAAGGAGUUCUUCCGUCAAGCAAGGAGCCGGCUAUCUUACGAACAGUUCAGUGCUUUCUUGGCCAACAUCAAAGAACUUAACGCGCAGAAGCAAACCCGGGAGGAAACACUGAGGAAGGCCGAGGAGAUAUUCGGGACUGAGAACAAAGAUCUCUACCUAUCUUUCCAAGGGCUUCUCAACAGGAAUGCUCGUUAAACAUAUCAGAAACCGGGUUUUUGUUUCAAACAUGUUUUGAUAUUGCAAAAGAAGAAUCUGAGUAGCAAAGUGACCUUUUCAUGUUCACAAAGGUUACUUACUGUCCGAGAGAUAAAACCUCAUUGUUCCAACUCUAAAAUUGGUUUGGAAUUCAUUUUGAUUUAUGAAAGGAAAAAAUCCAAGGCAAAUAAGCUAUUGAUA